AUGGCCGCUACAAAACGGAGAAGACUUCCGGAGGUGGACAAGGAGAACCUUCCUGGAAAUGUUUGUUCGCGCAACAAGCACUGUCAUGCUGGUGAUGAGAAGGUGAAGACGGUGGAAGAGAUCUAUCAAAAAAAGAGCCAGCUGGAGCACAUUUUGCUGAGGCCGGACUCCUAUGUCGGAUCCAUCGAGCGACAAACGCAAGAGCACUGGGUGCUUGAUGCCAGCAAAAGGAUGUCAAAGAGAAGCCUUGAGUAUGUGCCUGCAUUGUACAAGAUUUUCGACGAGAUCUUGGUAAAUGCCGCGGACAAUCUCAUCCGAGAUCCGACCCAAAACAUCAUCCGGGUCGAGGUCAAGCGCAAGGAGGGCUCUCUAAGUGUUUGGAACAACGGUGCUGGCUUGCCGAUUCAGUUGCACCGGGAGCACAAGUGCUACGUCCCUGAGCUGGUCUUCGGUCAUCUGCUCACAAGCGACAACUAUGACGACAGCGAGAAAAAGGUUGUCGGCGGACGUAACGGCUAUGGCGCCAAGUUGACCAACAUUUUUUCGACAAAGUUCGUUCUGGAAACAGCAGACUCGAGGAGCGGCAAGAAGUACAAGCAAGUCUGGGAGAAAAACAUGACCGUUUGCCACAAGCCAAGCAUUACUCAGAAUAAGUCUGAGGACUUCACUCAGGGCAGGAAGGAAGUAAGUCUAAGCUUUUAG